AAUUACAAGAAAGAGUUGAACCUCUGCAAGGUUCUCCCGUACCAAAGUGUUUCACUACCUCUUCAACAAACAGGAGAAGAAUAAGUCAGAUACCAGUUCAAGGGUUGAGUGAGAUGAAUAUAUCAAUGAUGAUUAACAGAAUAAAAGGCUACCAAUGCACUAAAGAAGAUAUGGAGUUUCUUCGACACAUGAAAAACCAAGAACAAACGCAGAAAUUGAAGGCAAAAUAUUUACAUCUACAAAAGCAACUAACCAGCAUGGUUCAGACAAAGGAGCUGCUACUAGCACAGAGAGAGAGAGUGCAAGAAGAGAUUGUACAAAUGAAAACAUCUUAUGAUAGAACAGUCCAAUUUGGAAGAGCCUUCCUGGGUAAGAAAAUGGAUCCUGCCGCUGUCGAAGCAUUGCCACCAAAAGCUGUGCUUGGGCAGCUGAAUCCUGUGAAAGUGCAGCAUGUUCAACAGCAAGAGAAGGCUGAACUUCAGGCACUUACAAAAGAGCUAAAGAAGUUAAAACAUUCCAUUGCCCAACUGCCUCAGAAACAGGGAAUAAGGCUGGAAAGAGAGUCUUGUAAACAACGGAUACAGGAAGCGAAACACAGCCUACUGCAAGCACAAGAAGAUGUGGAGAAUCUGAAAUGCAAAGUUGAAGCAGCACAGUCAAAACUAGCAGAAGUUCAGGAACACCUGUGUAAUACAAGAGUUGAAAUAGAGAAGUGGCACACGUUGAAAGAGAAGACAACUGUUUCUCAGUCACUGGAGAAUGCCCAAGAUUCUGUCAAUGAUUAUCUUAAGAGAAGACUUAACAGAAUCUUGCGAAGAACAGAUAUCUUUUUAGAAAGGGAAAAAAUAAUUGAAAGACUUAGUCUUUUGCAAUGAGCCCCCCUGCCCCCUUUGCAAAAAUCUGAUCACUAGGUCAAAGAGGCUUUUAGGGUUGCCACUGUAUGUACAGAUCUCUCCCUGUUGGGCAUCUUAGUUUUCCAAAUUCUAUA